AUGCCGACUCACUUCUCCGAUGACCCUCCGCAGGUCAUUAACCAAUCCGACCUGCACGUCGCAAACUCCCGUCUAGAACAACACAACCUCGAAGGUUCAACAGACCACAGCGACCACGAACACCAGAAUGCCAACCGCAUGGAAAAGAUCGGCACGUACGAUAAAUACGAAAUCACAGAAGAUGACUGCUACGAUGAACUAGGCUACUCCUUCCCCAAGUGGAAGAAGUGGUACAUCCUCACCGUCGUCUUCUGGGUUCAGGUGUCUAUGAACUUUAACACUUCGCUCUACUCGAAUGCUAUUCCUGGUAUUUCUGAGGAGUUUAAUGUCAGUGCGCAAGCCGCAAGAUGUGGUGCUAUGAUCUUUCUUGUGCUCUAUGCUUUUGGCUGUGAGCUUUGGGCGCCUUGGUCUGAGGAGUUUGGACGUUGGCCUAUUAUGCAGGCUUCUCUGUUUCUGGUGAAUAUCUUCCAGCUUCCUGUUGCGCUGGCACCAAACUUUACUUCUAUCAUGGUUGGUCGUGCGCUGGGUGGUUUAUCUUCUGCUGGUGGUUCCGUCACGCUUGGUAUGAUUGCCGAUAUGUGGGAGUCAGACAACCAGCAGUACGCCGUCGCAUACGUCGUCUUCUCCUCCGUCGGAGGUUCAGUCCUUGGUCCCAUCGUCGGUGGUUUCUGUGAGCAGUACCUCGAGUGGCGCUGGUCGAUCUGGAUUCAGCUCAUCCUUGGUGGCUUUGUUCAAAUCGUGCACUUCCUCACUGUGCCUGAGACACGAAGCACCAUUCUCAUGAACCGCAUUGCCAAGAAGCGCAGAAAGGAGACCGGCGCCAACUUCUGGGGUCCUGACGAACUUGUCCCCUUCCGCGAGCGUUUCUCCGCCAAGGAGAUCCUCAUCACCUGGACCCGUCCUUUCAAGAUGUUCCUCACCGAGCCCAUCGUGCUCGUACUCUCUCUCCUCUCCGGUUUCUCCGAUGCUCUGAUCUUCAUGUUUAUCCAAUCCUUCGCUCUCGUCUACGGGCAAUGGGACUUUGAUGCUGUGCAGAUCGGUCUUACCUUCUGUGCCAUCGGAGUAGGAUAUGUCAUCGCCUGGUUACUGUUCAUUCCCUCUAUCAAGAAGAACAUCAAGGAGCGAAGAGAGAAGCCAGAUGAUGAGCGUGCUCAGUAUGAGUCGCGACUGUGGUUCUUGCUUUGGACUGCGCCUUGUUUGCCUAUUGGUCUUAUUGGCUUUGCUUGGACGAUUCAGGGUCCUCCUAUUCAUUGGAUUGGAUCUAUGAUCUUUGCUGCGAUUGUUGGUAUUGCCAAUUAUGCUAUCUACAUGGCUACCAUCGACUACAUGAUCUGUGCUUACGGACCUUACUCUGCUUCCGCCACUGGUGGCAACGGUUGGGCUCGAGAUUUCCUCGCUGGUGUUCUCACUCUCCCCGCCAUUCCCUUCUUCAGCAACAUCGGCGCCUCAUCCGGCAAGAACCUGGAAUACGCUGCCACAAUCCUGUUCUGCAUCUCUUUCAUUCUUGUCGUCGCUGUCUACGUGAUCUACUGGAAGGGUCCCGCCCUCCGAGCGCGUUCUCCCUUCGCGCAGCGUCUGGCCGGUGAGCGCAAGGAGAACGUCGAGCAAGGUCGCCGUGGCAGUGUUGCUUAUGAUGCUCGACGAAGGAGCUCCGCUGGCACUGUUGAAGAUCCUGAGAACCCUCCCGUCGCUGCUCGACCUACGCCCGGUGCGCGACAGUACAGUAACUCCAACCGCUUCUUUGGUGAGAGCCGUGUUACGCCUCGUGGAACUCCUCGAGGUACACCUUCUGCUAGUCGUCGCGCUAGCGCGGCCAACGUUCAUCGACACCAUUAG